CCUGAGUCUGCUGCUGGGGCGACCGAGACUCCCUCGCCGGCAGUUCCCAGUGAAGAGGCUCCCGACUCGCCGCCGAUACCGCCGCCAAGCGCCAGCCCUCCACCGCCAACUCCCGCGCCUUCGGUCACGUUGGCAACUCGCGGGGCGUCGGUGGGGGGCGAGGCAGCUGUAGGGGGUCGCGCCGGAGCUGGUGCUGGCCCGGCCGAGGUUCCUCCGACAGCGGUCGUCUUGGGCGAGCAGCAGAUGCUGGAACUCGCUCGUCUCGUCGUGGGUGUUGCCCGUUCACCCCCAGCUCGAGUCAACGCUGCUCUCGACCACAGCCUGCAAGCUGCUACUAACGUCGGUGAGGUGCUGGCUGCUGCCGUUGCCCCUCCGCGUCUCCCUCUUGUGGAAGAUGAUGAACUGGUGGCCCUCCGCCGCGAGAACGACCGGCUGCAGGCAGAGCUCUCCGACGCCAAAGAUAAACUCGCUGAAGAGAUGAACCUGCGGACCAAGUCGGACUACUUCCUCGUCUCGGCCAACUCCGAGUGCGACCAAGCUCUGGACCAUGUCCAGGACAUGCGCGUCCAGCUCAGCAACGCCAGCGCUCAGUUGAUGCAAGCGAACGCGGCCAUCGCUCACCACGCUGACGUCACUCAGUCGUUGGAGAAGCGGACGCUCGUUGCUGAGGCCGAUUCAGCCGCUGCUGUACGUCGGAACACCCAGCUCCACGAGCGUAUAAGUGCAAGCCUCGUUACCUACAACACUCAGUUGGAGAGGCUUCGGAAGCAGUUGGCCGACCGCGACCGAGCAAACGUCAUCCCCGCACGCAUUCAAGCGUUGACGGACGAGAACAACAGCUUGCGGCGAGCGAAUUCUAUCCUUCGUCGGCACUCGGCAGCACACGGACUCGACGUCGACACCUUGGUCCUGGCCUCAGCCGGCAUCUCCGCCGCAGAGAUUGAUUGGAAUCUUCUCGGGCUGUCCCCACCGACGGUCACUGUCGAGAGUCCACGCCAUGACGAAUCCUCGUCAGAGGAGGGAGAGGAGUCCAAGACGACCGACGUGCCGAUGGCUGAGUCCACCGAGGGUACGUCCGCUCCCGCCGCUUCGGUGGACGCUUCUGCUGGUUCCCCGGUCUCCACUGAGUCGUCAUCGCGCAAGCGGGGUCGGCAAACCGAGUCUGCUUCCGUCGGGAAUACGGCAUCCCAGCCUCCUCCUCACAAACGCUUCGGCAGACCGUCAGUCGACCUGAGGGCCAGGGCU